AUGCCGCGGAGGGGAGCGGAGGCGCCGCUGGCCCUGCUGCUGGCGGCGGCGUGGCUGGCGCAGCCCCUGCGCGGCGGCUACCGCGGCGUGAGCGUGUUCGCCGUGCAGAACGCGCAGCCCGACCCCUGCUACGACGAGCACGGGCUGCCCCGCCGCUGCAUCCCCGACUUCGUCAACUCGGCCUUCGGGAAGGAGGUGAAGGUGUCCAGCACCUGCGGGAAGCCGCCGUCGCGGUACUGCGUGGUGACGGAGAAGGGCGAGGAGCAGGUCCGCACCUGCCACCUCUGCAACGCCUCCGACCCCAAGCGCGCCCACCCGCCCUCCUUCCUCACGGACCUCAACAACCCGCACAACCUGACCUGCUGGCAGUCCGACAGCUACGUCCAGUACCCCCACAACGUCACCCUCACCCUCUCCCUCGGCAAGAAAUUCGAGGUGACCUACGUCAGCCUGCAGUUCUGCUCGCCGCGCCCCGAGUCCAUGGCCAUCCACAAGUCCAUGGACUACGGCAAGACCUGGGUGCCUUUCCAGUUCUACUCCACGCAGUGCCGCAAGAUGUACAACAAGCCGAGCCGCGCCGCCAUCACGAAGCAGAACGAGCAGGAGGCGGUGUGCACCGACUCGCACACCGACGUGCGGCCCCUCUCCGGCGGCCUCAUCGCCUUCAGCACCCUGGACGGCCGCCCCACCGCCCACGACUUCGACAACUCGCCCGUGCUGCAGGACUGGGUGACGGCCACCGACAUCAGGGUGACCUUCAGCCGCCUGCACACCUUCGGCGACGAGAGCGAGGACGACUCCGAGCUGGCCCGCGACUCCUACUUCUACGCCGUGUCCGACUUGCAGGUCGGCGGGCGCUGCAAGUGCAACGGGCACGCGUCGCGCUGCGUCCGGGACCGCGACGACAGCCUGGUGUGCGACUGCAAGCACAACACGGCCGGCCCCGAGUGCGACCGCUGCAAACCCUUCCACUACGACCGGCCCUGGCAGCGAGCGACCGCCCGCGAGGCCAACGAGUGCGUGGCCUGCAACUGCAACCUGCACGCGCGGCGCUGCCGCUUCAACAUGGAGCUGUUCAAGCUGUCGGGGCGCAAGAGCGGCGGCGUGUGCCUCAACUGCCGGCACAACACGGCGGGCAGGCACUGCCACUACUGCAAGGAGGGCUUCUACCGCGACCUCAGCAAGCCCAUCUCCCACCGCAAGGCCUGCAAAGAGUGCGACUGUCACCCCGUGGGUGCCGCCGGCCAGACCUGCAACCAGACCACGGGCCAGUGUCCCUGCAAGGACGGCGUCACCGGCAUCACCUGCAACCGCUGCGCCAAGGGCUACCAGCAGAGCCGCUCCCCCAUCGCGCCCUGCAUAAAGAUCCCGGCUGCUCCACCCACCACGGCCGCCAGCAGCGCCGAGGAGCCCGCAGAUUGCGACUCGUACUGCAAAGCCUCCAAGGGGAAGCUGAAGAUCAACAUGAAGAAGUACUGUAAGAAGGACUACGCCGUCCAGAUCCACAUCCUGAAAGCAGAAAAGAACGCGGACUGGUGGAAGUUCACGGUGAACAUCAUCUCCGUCUACAAACAAGGCAGCAACCGGAUCCGGCGCGGAGACCAGACCCUGUGGAUCCACUCCAAGGACGUGGCCUGCAAGUGCCCCAAAAUCAAGCCCAUGAAGAAGUAUUUGCUGCUGGGCAACAACGAGGACUCUCCCGACCAGAGCGGCAUCAUUGCCGACAAAACCAGCCUGGUGAUCCAGUGGCGGGACACGUGGGCCCGGCGGCUCCGGAAGUUCCAGCAGCGCGAGAAGAAGGGGAAGUGUAAGAAAGCCUAGAGGAGGAGGAGGAGAGGGAGAGACUGACUGUGCAUGCUGCUUUGUGUAGAGCUGGGGCGGGCAGGGACC